UGCUUUCCUUGUACGAGUUGGACUCAAACUUACUCUGAAACUAUAUAUACACAGUUAUAUAGUUUGCCCUGUGUAUAUAUAUAUAGUUAUAUAUAUUCGUAUGCCCAAUUUCGUAUGCCCACACACACAUUCAUACAUACAUACAUUGGUAGAAGAAGAAAAACAAAGCGAUUAAUCAUUAUAUUCUGUCUUGUUCGCUUCUUGUUCUUGUUGUUCUGUUCUGGGUUUUAAGUUUCAAUGGGGGGUUCAACUUCUCAAAGGCUCAUUGGUUCUUCUUGUUCUGAUGAUUGUGUUGAUCUUUCUCACUCUUUUCAUAGUCUUGGGUUGAAAGAAGAAGAUGGGUUCAUCACAAUUUGUCAAGAAAGCGAUUCACAGAGCAACAAUGGCAUAGCUUCUUCUUCUUCUCCAACCUCAAAAGAAGAUGAUACUAAUCAUCCCCAAUUCAAGAAACCAUCAUCAACACUAUCAAUUUCUCAAGAAAAUAUCUGGGAAAAUCAUAGUUCCAUCAAUGGAGGAGAUGCUCUGGUUUCAGAUAUGUAUUCUGGUUCAGAAAGUUCUAUGGGCCCAUUGAAUUACCUGAAUCAUUAUGAUUUAGAUUAUGAACUAAAUAAUUUUCCUGGAAAUUUCUCUGGACAAGCAGCAAAUAGAAAUUCUUGUUAUGAGAGACCAUCUGGCCUGAGUGAUCUUGCCAGUCCCUAUCCAGGAAUGGGAGAUUGUGGAUUGAAUUAUGACCCGGAAUUGGACUACCCAGUUGGUUCUUUGGUUAAUUAUAAUGAAUUCAACACAACUGGAAGCAAUGGCUAUUAUUCGGGUAAUGGGUGCCGUUUGUCCAAUGGAAUGGCAAGUUCUAUUGGUUUGUUGAAUCAGCAAGGUGGGUAUUGUGAUGAUCUGAUCUGUGAGUUUUUCCUGCAAAGAAGCGAUGUGAGUAUGCUGGCUAGGUGUGAAAAUGGCUCCAAGUUCUUGCAGAGUCUUUUGCAGAAAGGGAAUCCUGUGAUUAAUAAUACCAUACUUAAUGGGGUUUUUGAGUUUCUAUUUGAGCUGUUGACCGAUGAAUAUGGGCGUUACGUAUUUCAGAGGCUCAUUGAAAAGUGUGACUACUCUCAGUUGCAGCUGGUUGUCUUGAAAAUAACUUUGCAGAACGCAUUACUCAUUGAAGCGGCAUUUACUAGAAACGGGUCGCAAUCAAUUCAGAAGCUUAUCAAACAGGUCAAGAAGUUAGAUUUGGCCAAGCAAGUGACAUCGGCUCUAUCCACCAGAUCCUUUGAACUGAUGACUCGUAGCAUAGGCAGGCAUGUAAUUCAACAGUGUUUCAUCCUCUUGGAUAGUCAGACAAAUGAGGUACUAUUUGAAGCCGUGAUAGAGCGUUGUGUUGAAUUGGCUAUGGAUCCAGUAGGAUGUAUAUCCCUAAAUGAGUGCAUUAACAGCAUAACAGGACAACAACGACGUCUUCUUCUAGAUCGUAUCUCGCUUGAAUCAGUUUGCCUUUCGUUUGAUCCUUCAGGGAACUAUGUUGUGCAGCAUAUCUUGGGACUUGACAACUCAGAGCUCAAUGAUAAGAUUUGUUUCCGUCUCAGAGGCAGAUAUGCAAGGCUUUCGCUAAUAAAACAUGGUAGCCAUGUUGUGGAGAAAUGCUUACAGUUUUCUCCUUUGGCGAUAGUUUAUUUGGUUGAAGACAUCAAAAAGGAAAAAGGCAUGCUUGAGAAAAUUGCUAGAGAUCAAUUUGGAAACUAUGUGAUCCAAACAGCUUUAAAGAUCUCAAAAAGGGAGAGUUUUAGCGAGCUUCAUGAAUUUCUUGUAAAGAACCUCCAACAACAUUUGCCAAAUCUUGAGAAAACUAAAGCUGGAACAAAUGUGGCUAGGCUGAUUAGAGAACAGACCAGUUCGAAAAGCAAGUUUUGAUCGCUGACCAAACCAAUCUUGAUGAAGAAUCUCUUGUCAUUAUUCUUUGUUUAUGUUUUAACUAUUUUGGUUUUCGUUUCUUUAGGGUGAAUAGGCAUGUUGUUUCUUAAUGUACUUUCGUAGUAUUGUUGGUAAAUUAUUAGUAUUCUUUAUGAUGACUGUGUUCUGUCUUGGAUCAGAU